AUGGAUAUCUGCGACCAUAGAACCCAAGUCAAAGUUGGAAUCUACUAUGAAUCCCUUUGCAAGGAUUCCGUUUAUUUCUUUGCCAAGCAGUUGAAACCAGCGUAUGAAAAAAUCAAGCACUGUGCAGAUAUUGACUAUGUGCCGUUUGGAAAGGCCUCUGUAAUGCUUCAAGAAAUACAACCUUGUUUGGAGGCCUGUUCAGACCUGCUUGGACAAUUGGAUUGGAGAUACUUGGUUGGUCAGAAUGGGAAACAAGACCCAGAGUUUUUCACCAAAAUUAUCAUUUAUACCUACAAUAACAGUGAAUGGGCACCGGAAGCCCAGGAGCAGAACACGGCCCUCAUCGACUUCCCAAGCGCCCGGGCCGAGUCCAGACGGGCCAGCAGUGCCCGGCGGACAAGCUCGCAACCCGUGGCGCCACCAUUGUCAUCGCCACCGCAGCCACUCGACCCGACCGACGAACACAUUUCCCCGCCGCCAAUCGGGUUCAUCGACGAGCCGAUCCUGGGCCUGGGACUCAGCUCUCGCCAACACAGCGAUCUC